CUGCAGUCAUGGCGCCCGUCCGCUCGGUUGUAGCACUCGUUACGGGAAGGUGUUUUAAUGGCUCCCCGUAUCGCUGACGUCUGUUGACGCGGGCAUCUGCGUGCCAGUGACUCGCUUGAAACUUUCUGCAGAGCACGACAUAAAGUCGCCCACAGGCUUCACAACACACCGCAGCGUGGCAAUGGAGGAGGUCCAGCAGAAUAACAGUAAUGGCUCCGAUCAAACUGUUGCCAUCCCCACAACUAUAACUGCCUCUCACAUAUCACAGAUAGCACAGAUGUCUCUGGGUGGGAAUCCAGUGACAGUGGUUCAGCUGCCCAGCGGUCAGUUCCAGGUUCAAAGUGUGAUUCAGUCAGCACAGUCAUCAGUUAUCCAGUCUCCACCAGCACAAGCACAGGGCCAAGCAUCUGACAGUGAUGAUUCUCAGGAAUCAAGUGACAGUGGAGCAUCUAACCAGAAAUCAAGAGAGAUCUUGGCUCGGCGCCCAUCCUACAGGAAGAUUCUAAAUGAUCUAUCAGCUGAGGAAGUGGUGACUCAGAAUGAGGGAGAAGAGGAAAGCUCAACCUCCUCUGCCAUAACAAGCGUUUCACUCCCUACCCCGAUCUACCAGACAAGCACUGGGCAAUAUAUUGCGAUUUCAUCCAAUGGCUCUCUGCAGUUGGCGAGUGCUGGUUCAGAGGGUGUGCAAGGCCUGCAGACUCUCACCAUGACCAACUCGAACCCAAACCAGCCAACUAUCCUGCAAUACGCUCAGACUGCCGACGGACAACAGAUUCUGCUGCCUAGUAACCAAGUGGUGCUCCAAGGUGCAGGGGGAGAAAUGCAAGCUUAUCAGAUCCGCUCUUCUUCCUCCUCGCUGCCUCAGACCGUCGUCAUGACAUCACCUGUUAUCAGCUCUCAGGGCAAAAGCGAUGACCCGCAAAUGAAGAGAGAGAUACGCCUGGCGAAGAACAGGGAGGCAGCCAGAGAGUGCCGCAGAAAGAAAAAGGAGUAUGUGAAAUGUUUGGAGAACCGUGUGGCUGUCCUGGAGAAUCAGAACAAGACUCUUAUCGAGGAGCUCAAGACAUUAAAAGACCUGUACUGUGUUAAAACUGGCUAAUGGGACAUCCAUCCAAUCAUGCUAAUGGGACUUUGCUGGCAGACCUGUCUGCCUACGGGCUUAUAGAAACACAGACACAGGGACUUUUUUUUGGCAUGGGGGAUGCAUUUAAUCCUCAUGUCAAAUGUCAAGUUUUUAUACAACUCAUUUUUAACUAAUAGCCUAAGAACGAUUUACCAGAAACAACAGCAACUGUUAUGCUUUUCAGGAUAGAUGGAAAGAGGGAUAUGCUUUUCCAUUACCACAUAUUUUUAUUUGUAGUCAACAGAUGUCUAUAUUUGUGUAUGUUAUCUUGUGCUAGCAUUGGCACGUCUACACUGGGAGAUCUCGCUUUAUUUUUGAUGCAUUUGGUUUCCAGGGUAUAUUGAAUGUUAAUUUUAUUUGAAGCGCUAGCUGACUUUUGAUAUAUCCAGAUAGAUAGGUAUUUUUACACCUUGUCUCAGAUGCGCUUGUAUGUAUGAAAAUUGUGAUGCGAUUGUAUUUUUCAUGAAGUCAUGCAGCUGUGUUCUUUGCAUUCUUGCUGUUUUCCCCUUCUUAGGAAGCUCUGGUAUUCUUAUCCCCAUUCCGUGUUUUAUUUGAAUGAGUUUUAGGGAGAGGUUUUCUACAGAGACUGAGCAGAAUUUAAGGUGAGGACUUUCAGCUUUAUUAUUAUAGGUAACAUUUAACAGUGGUAAGCCGAUUUAAGCCUUAUUCUGGAUUGAUAUACUAAUAUUAUAGAAACCCAUGUCCUUUGUAGUCAAGGUCAUUGUUAUAAGUCUGAUUGGUCUUCAAGCCAUAUACACACUUGGGUUGGAACCGUUGUUGGUUUUAGCUGAGUAAUAGACCCGAGGCUUACCACUGUUUAUAAGUCAAGCUGUUACAAGACAAUCGAAUCAGGGAGUAUACGAUUAAAAAACAAAAAAAAAAACCUGAUGUCACUUGUUUUUCCUAAAGUGAAUCUAAAUAAAUAUUUUUCAAACCUUA